AUGUUUUCUUUAGCAAAAGAAGUCGUUUCAUUAUGUAAAAAAAAACCAAAUCCAUCACUUAAGAUAAUGAUUGUAGGUAUUGAUGGUGCUGGUAAAACAUAUUUCGAAGAAUAUUUUGGUUCUAUCAUUGGUCAUACUCCAUUACAAGAGGUUUAUGAAAUGACAACAAUUGGAGUAAAUACAAAAGUUGUUCAAUACGGUGGAUUUGAAUUGUCUUUAUGGGACAUAGGUGGUACAGACUCAUUCAGAAAUGUUUGGAAACGAUAUCUCAAUGAAAGUAACUGUAUUAUUUAUUGUAUUGACUCUUCAAAUGAACAACGUUUAAAUGAAGCGUAUGAUGCUUUUACAGAACUUAAACGUUCAGAUGAUAAAGACCUUCCAGUAUGUUUUAUUUUAACUAAAAGUGAUCAACUUCAACAAACAGUAGAACUUUCAGUAAAGUCAUUUAUCACAACUCAAUCUUGUAUAUCUAGUGUUAAAUAUUUUUCAAUUAAAACUGCACAAAAUGAGAUUCCUCAAGUUGAAGACAUUGCGGAUUGGUGUAUUCAACAUGCACUAUUUUAA